UUAUUGAAAUUGUUCGAUGUAAAGAUACUAGUAGCUCUGUGAGUGUAUGCGUACACAGUCCUGCUUCCAAGGAUCCUGGAAGGAGAUCUCGUUGUCCAAGCAAGGAGGUUAAAAAAACCUUGAUCCUAGCAACUUAUAUUCUUUUGCUAGGGAAAGUGACUCGUUACCACCGUAGCAGCAUUCACACGUACCAGACACUUGGUCAACAUGGCAACCAAAGCUGCAGCACAUCUGAACCAAGAGGGGGACAGGGAUGGACUUGGUGAGGAUUUUCCGCGUACCCACAAGUGUAGCGAAUGUGGCAAGCAGUUUCGUCAUCUGAGUGCGCUGAUAAGACACAUGCGCACUCACAAUGGUGAGAAACCGUACAGGUGUGAGGAGUGCAGCAAAGAGUUCAGUGAGCUGGGUAAUCUGAAGAGACACAUAAGGACUCACAGUGGUGAGAAUCCUUACAAAUGUGAGGAGUGCAGCAAACAGUUCAGUGAGCUGGGCAAUCUGAAGAGACACAUAAGGACUCAUACCGGUGAGAAGUCGUAUAGAUGUGAGGAGUGCAGCAGGCAGUUCAGUGAGCUGGGGUCGCUGAAGAAGCAUAUGAGGAUUCACACUGGAGAAAAACCUUACACGUGUGUGGAGUGCAGCAAACAGUUCAGUCAGUUGGGAACGCUGAAGAAGCAUAUGAGGACUCACACUGGUGAGAAACCUUACAAGUGUGAGGAGUGCAGCAAACAGUUCAGUGUGCUGGGAGAUCUGAAGAGACACAUGAGGACACACACCGGUGAGAAACCUUACCAAUGUGAGGAGUGCAGCAAGCAAUUCAGUAAACUGGGAGUUCUGAAGAGGCAUAUGAGGACUCACACUGGAGAGAAACCUUACAUAUGUGAGGAGUGCAGCAGGCAGUUCAGUGAGCUGGGUCAUCUGAAGAAACACAUUCGGACCCACAAUGGUGAGAAACCCUACACGUGUGAGGAGUGCAGCAGACAGUUCAGUCAGCUGGAAAAUCUGAAGAGGCAUAUGAGGACACACACCAAUGCGAAAUCCUAACGGUGUAAAAGGAUUGGCGCUUAAACGUCACCCAAGUGAUCGAAAAGGUGGCAUACGGACCCACGGAGGAUGAAAGUCGUGUAGAGCCGCUGAUGUAAAAGUUAGGCCAUGUUUAUUUGAUUACUGAGUGUAUAGAUCAUGACAUCCGAGGGUGCAUCAAUUUUCACAAAACAUUUCCACAAAAAAGUUUUCUACCAAACAGUAAAUUGUACAAACCAGCUGUAAAAUAAGCACAUAUAUGCCGUAAAUUGAGAAAAAUAUAGGAAAACAGAAUGUCAUAGAAUGCCAAGGUGAAAAAAGUUCCAAAACCAAAGAAGCAAAAAAAACAAAAAUGAAGAAUCCAUUGUUCGGCAUACCAUGCUCUGUGUGUUCAGUCAUUUGUUCAACUUUCUUGAACACUUAGAUUUCAUUGUAACUUUUUUGGGCCAAACAUUUUUCAUUCGCAUGUUGAAUCAGGGUUGGAGUUCCUCGAGGAUGUCAUCCCUAUAUUCAACUCAGCAUGGCUUUAGGUAGGUUUGGCAGCUAGGGUACUAGUAAUUGAAAGAGACCAGUAGGUCACAGAGAAGCUGGAAAAGUUAUAAGAUUGCUCGUGUACAUUUUUUGUAAUGGAUUGUUAUUGUUAUUGGGUGGGCCGACUCCUCACUCUUUGCAGCCAGGGGCUGA